UUAGAGGUGGAAGCUUUCGAUGUUUCGAAGUUCACGCUAGUUGAACACGAACAGGUGCGAGUUAACAGACAAGAAAUUGUUUCAUUGUAGUAUGAACGUGCUACAAAGUGUAUUCUGCAGUGUGGUACCUUCCUUUUUUUGUGAUAGUGUAAAAGGUGCUUGUUUAAAGUUCCAAGCUUCAAGUUGGAGUUUGAGUUGAAAGUUCUCCUAGGAGUUUUUCAGACCAGAACCAAACUAUCCGUAUCGAUAUAGUGUGCGGCUCAUGGUAGUUGAUGGUAUUAAAAAUAAUGUGCUCCAGUUACCAAGGAAACCAUAGUAUCAAGUCGGCGUGAUGUUCCUUGAACCAUGGCCAAAUCUCAUUGCGCCACCAUCCACAGGCAUCUAUUAUGGAUGUUCACGAUUUUUAUUCAAAGAUCGGUGACAAUUGCUCUCACGGACAACCGAUGCUUCCUGGAAAACGGUGCUUCUUCAGAAAACUUCUUCGUCGCGGAAGACCUUCCCGUGGGAGCCGUAAUAGGUCAAAUUCGAGUCCACGGGGAUCCCAGACCAAGCGGAUCCAUCAGCCUCCAUCUCAAAGAAACAGACAGUCCAGUAAUUGUAACGCCUGGCACCAAAAACCUGACCCUAAAAAAGCCUCUAGACAAAGAAGGAAUCGAUGGUCCAUCCUCAGUGUUCGUGAAUCUCGUCUGCGAGAGAAUUGGCACACUUGAUCCGGGAUUCGUGAUACCGGUCAACAUCAGAGUGACGGACGUUAACGAUAACGCCCCGGUUUUCAUCAAUGCCCCGUACGUUCUCAACAUUUCCGAAGUGACUGUGAUAGGAACGCGGGUUCUACAGGGUGUGCACGCGGUAGACAACGAUCAGCAGGGCAUUUUCUCGAGUGUUCGAUAUUCGGUGUUGCCGGGUGUUAAUUCCGACUUUUUCGAAUUCGAAAACGAACUUGAAGGGACGUUGGUGCUGAAAAAACCCCUGGACUAUGAGAGUUUGAAGAGUUUUGAAGUGCAUAUAAGGGCGCAGGACCACGGCGAACCCCCGAAGAAAACAGACACCAUUCUGACUGUUCAUGUGAUAGAUGCUGACGAUCAGAAUCCGAAAUUCCUCGAUGACAGAUAUACCUCAUCGGUUCCUGAACCACCAAAGAAAGGCUCUCUGUUAUUUGUCAAGCCAAGAGAAAUCAAAGCCGUCGAUCAAGAUAUAGGAAUAAAUGCUCCUGUUUACUAUACUUUCAACGAAGUAGGCGUGGAGUAUACAUUUUUCAGACUGAACAGGUUAACUGCUAAAAUCAGUCUUGCCAAAAACUUGACCGAAAACGAUCUUCCACAUCCGGUAACUUUGGUAAUCAGAGCGACUCAGCAAGAUAAUCCUGAUAGAUAUGCCUUGGCAACACUGACGGUGUCGAGGAGCUAUGCGAAAGAAAUAAAAUUCUUGCACAGCACCUUCUACAUCAAGGUAUCCGAAGUAUUACCUCCUGGUACAGUGAUAGGAACACUCACCAAUAAUAGACCUGGAGAACUAUUGCGAUAUUUUGUAUCGGAUCAAAAUAUUCUGAAGACUUUUGCUUUGAAUACCAGAGGCGAAUUUUCUUUGAGGAAGAAAUUAGAUUUUGAAGAUAGACCCGAGUAUUUUUUCAAAGUUUUUGCCACUGAUGGAAUAACAAACGACUCUUGCGUGGUGAAUAUAACAGUUGAAGACGUCAACGAAUGGGAACCGAGGUUCCGUUACCCGCACUACGAGUUCUUCAUCGCUGGUCAGCCGGAAGAGUUAUUGGGGAGGAUCGAAGCAGCCGAUGGAGACAAGAACGACAAGCUCACCCUUUCCUUGACCGGAGUCAACGCCACCCUUUUCUCCAUAUCGCAAAAUGGGGAAUUGAGGUUGAGAAAUCCUAAAGGUUUUAAAGGUGUUGCCAACUUUGCUGUAAUAGCAACCGAUAGCGGAACACCCCCAAAAACCGCAACAGUUCCAGUUACCGUCCAUUUUUCGGAAACUGGAGACAAGUCUGGUAUAACUUCCAGUAAAAAAAGUAAUGAAGGUCCCCUUCUUUUGGCCGGACUAGGUGCAAUAUUGUUACUUUUAACGUUCGUCGUGAUCAUAUUGAUCGCUUAUAUUUGUAAAGUUAAGAAAAAUUCCCACUCGGAAGUAGCAUCCUUUCAAUCACAAAAACAGGCCCCCGUUAGUGGUGCCAAAAAAAUCAGCAACCCCAUGUUCGGUGGCAGAUCUGGGACGCCAACUGCAUCUGCCUUGGGCGGGAUUUCCAGCGAGAUGAAGUCGAGGAUACCCAGUCCGAAAGUGCACCCCGCCCCUCAACCUCCGCCUGUGUGGCCUUCGUCGGACGCUUCUAACAGGGUGAAGAAAUUGAGUUGGGGUGACGAUCGAAAUGAAGCAGGAAGCGCUGAACAUGUAAAUGAACCGGAAAGUACGCCAAAGUUACAAAGUAAUACGAACUUGACAGUAUAUUUUUGAAUCUAUUUUUUAUAUAUAUAAAUAUUCAUUGAAUGUAAAAUGUGUGAACUCUUAUGUAAAUUUGCUAAUAAAA